AUGGAGUGUUUGUUCGGAAUCACGGGCAAAGGCUACACCAUCAUCGCAUCAGACGGAAAUGCAGCUCGGUCGAUUAUAAAAAUGAAGUCAGAUGAUGACAAACAGAAAGUUUUGUCGAAACGUCUAGUCAUGGCAUACGCUGGUGAGUCUGGAGAUACCAUUCAAUUUGCGGAAUAUAUCGAACGGAACAUGCGUUUAUACUCCAUUCGGCUAAUGCUCAGUAAUAACAUUGAUCUUCGACCAAAAGCAGCUGCAUCUUGGAUUCGAUCUCAGCUUGCUGAAGCAAUCCGCUCGCGCCAUCCUUAUCAAGUGAACCUGCUUUUGGGCGGCUACGAUGAACCUACGUCCGAGCCUGCUCUUUAUUGGGUAGACUAUCUUGGUACACUCGUCCAAGUGCCAUUCGCGGCUCAUGGCUAUGCUUCAUAUCUGACGCUAUCUACAAUGGAUCGCUAUCACAGGCCUGAUAUGUCGUUGGAUGAAGGUCUAAAACUGCUGAAGCAAUGCAUUGAGGAAAUGCGCAAGAGAUUUGUCAUAGAUGUUAACAACUUUAACGUGCGCGUCAUUACUCGAGAUGGCGUACAUGAAGUAACGUUAUAA